AUCACAAAAAUAGAAAGUGCUUGAGAUACCAUAAGAGCAAAAAUCUACUGUUAUAGUGAGUGAAACAAGUAAGCAUAUUUUCAAGAACAGCAAUGGCUUCCCACGAUCAGAGCUAUAGAGCUGGUGAGACCAUGGGCCGAACUGAGGAAAAGGGCAACCAGAUGAUGGGCAACAUUGGGGAGAAGGCCCAGGCUGCUAAGGACAAGACGGCCCAAACGGCCCAAGCUGCUAAGGAGAAGACAGCCCAAGGGGCCCAGGCUGCGAAGGAGAAGACCCAGCAGACAGCCCAAGCUGCUAAGGACAAGACUCAGCAGGCGGCCCAUUCUACAGGGGAUAGGACCCAGCAGACAGCCCAAGCUGGAAAGCAACGGGCCUCAGAGAUGGGCCAGGCCACCAGGGAAUCGGCCCAAGCUGGGAACGACAAUACUGGAGGGUUCAUGCAGCAGACAGGGGAGAAGGUGAAAGACAUGGCACAGGGUGCUACUGAGGCUGUGAAGAGCACAUUGGGUAUGGGACAGAAGGAUGAAACCAAGGAGCAUGUCACAACCACCACCCACACCACCACCCAAGAUCCAAGAAACUUUUAGUUUCUGUUUGCUUUGUUGUUUCAAUAAAAUGUAAUUUGUGUUUCUUGAGAAUGGUUUAGUUUUACCACCAUUCUCAGCAUGUUUUUCUUCAAAUAAAUUGCAAUCCCCUUAUAUAUCCAUUAGGGGAAUGUACUAAGUACAAUUAGCCCAUUAGGGGAAUGUAUUAUGUACUAUUAGCUUGAGUGUCUACUUUCUCAUUUGAGCUAUGUUGUAAUAGUCAUGAUUUACCUUCAAUCAAAAUUUCCAUUAGUAGUUUUGUGUCA